CUUAUUACGAUUAUUAAUAUCUGUUAGUUAAUGUCAUGGGUUUUUAUCUACAUAUAUCACUUAUUAGGAUGAUUUAAACAAAAUGCGCCAGUUUAGAAUUGAAAUAAUAUUAUUUUUUGUUUUUAUGUGACAUUCUGUCCUCCUCCGGUCCAGUUGGCGGCAGCUGCACCUGUCCGCGCGGUGAUACAUCAGAACAGUGUGUCCCACACACCGGCUGCUUAUGAAAGCUUCACCGGUUUAACCUCAAUCGGUUUCGGAGGAAUCGCAGGAGAAAGGACUAUUGUUUCAGUAUAUUAUUAUCUAGAAGUCGAAAUAUGAUACACAGCGGGCAUUUGGUCACUGAAAAACAGCCGACUCGUUUAUUCACAUAGAGAUGACAGCGCGCGUUUGUUUAUUACUGUGUUAAUCGUGUUAUUUAAGAUUAGUCGGCAUAAUUUUACACACAUUGGAUAGAUCACGCUAUUUUAUUGAUGGCCGUGUCAGGAGGCGCCCGGCGGCUCCCGAUGGGUGUUCGGACGUUUAGUGAGUUUCUGGAAAUAGCGACUGUCGGUCCUUGUCGCCCCAACAGCCCGUUUAAAUGCAGAGAGAGAAUACAGCACUGGUCCAUCAGACACUUGUCCUCCUGCGGGAUCCUGAUGACUCGCUAUCCUCGCACUCUCUGUCUCUCUGAAGUGGAUUUGACUCCCACUCCUCACAGGAGAUCUUUCAUCAGCCUCACUAAAAAGAGAAAAGAGUAUUCAGAGAGGAGAAUACUAGGGUACUCGAUGCAAGAAAUGUACGAUGUGGUAGCCAAUGUGGAUGACUACAAACACUUUGUACCAUGGUGUAAAAAGUCCCAAACCAUCAUGAAAAGGGCCGGUCACGCCAAAGCCCAGCUGGAAGUGGGCUUCCCUCCGGUUGUUGAAAGAUACACUUCUAUGAUAAGCCACGUCCGUCCACAUCUCGUCAAAGCGGUGUGUUCGGAUGGUAAACUCUUCAAUCACUUAGAGACAAUAUGGCGGUUUAGUCCUGGUAUUCCUGGCUAUCCUCGCACAUGUACAGUAGACUUCUCUAUCUCGUUCGAGUUCCGUUCACUGCUGCAUUCGCAGUUAGCAACUGUGUUUUUCGACGAGGUGGUGAAGCAGAUGGUGGCCGCGUUUGAGCGGAGAGCGUGCAAAAUGUACGGGCCCGAGACGAGGAUACCCCGUGAGCUCAUGUUUCACGAGGUCCAUCAAACGUGAGGUGCAUCACCACACUGGACUCGUCUACAUCUGGAACUCACAAAACUCGCAUGACAAAUCACAUCACUAGAAUACGCUGGGAUGGUAUGAUGGAUACCAUUUACUUUUAGACAAUAAUUCAGUUCAUUUGAGGUAUUGCACCUUAAACCUUUUUUUUGGUUGCUUUUUGACUGUGAAUGAAGAUUAAUUGAAUAUUGCAGCUCUGGAUGGGAAGAGUUGAGGAGCAAACACUUGGAUGUUUCAUUAGGGUUUCAUCUCGUUUACAUAUUCUUUCCUGCUAUGGGUUUGUUGGGGCCAAAUCUGAAGAACUUGUUACUGAGACUGAAAGGAAUGUUUUAGGUGAAAUCUGUCGCAUGCUGUUGACUACCACAAAAAAUAAUUCUGGUUUGUAACUGUUUUUAAAAACAUACAAUAAAACACACAGCACAACCAUUGUUUACUUGCCCCACUGCAAAUGCGCAGCAUAUUUUACGGUUUUAAUUCAAUAUUAUUUUCGGUGCUGAUCAACAGAAUGCGAAAGGCGCGGAUUAACACAGAAUAUUCCUUUUAAAACGAGUCUUUAUACAACUAGAUUUGAAUAUAGUGAGAAUUUAAAACGCUUGAAUUUGAACACGCUUACAAAGACCUACUUGACUUUCACACUGCACUGAAUUUAUAAUAUUCAUCUCAAGAAGUCACACUCGAAGUUUGUGACUUCGAUCACAACUGUAAAUAUGAUAAAAAUAAAUUAUACAGUUAAGAGUGACGUCAAAUAUUUCUCCCACCUAAAUAUUUAUCCUUAUAGACAACAAAAAACUUUGUUUAUAGAAGUAGUGUAUUGUAAUGAAGGUAGAAUUAUAUUUAGCAUGCUUUUGCUUUCAUUGGAUGCAUUUAUGCAAACUCAGGGCUUUGGAGAAAUCCAGAGAAGUCGGCCUGUUUUUCCCUAAUAGUGAUCCCAGUUUGUGCCUGUUCAUGUAGACUGUGCCAUUUUUGUUUUGUUGCUACAUUGUCUAUUUAAACACUACUUUAUUCAUAUAUUGUGAUUUCUCAGAAAGCUACAGUAUGAGCUGGCAAAGCAUCAAGCAUAGCAAACUUUUCUUUUUUUGAACGGUUAUUUUAUGAGAUUUUAUUUUUAGCCAUUUCAAUGCCUUAUCUAAGUGUUCAUGGCAUUUAUAAAUGACUUCAAAUAACUUUGUAAUUGUCCAGAUGUUAAUUGAUAAUUUUCCGUGCUGUACAAACACCCGUCUAACAGUCUUCCGUGGAAAUAACGUCGCCAUCAGUAGAUUUCUAGGGUGUUAUCAUAAAACGACCUUGUUAAAUGUCUGUUAAGUGAGAAUGUUUGGUUGAACAACUGUGAAUAACAACCAAAGAGAUGAUCCGUGCUUAAUAAGAGCAAGAGCAGCACAGUUUUAGGAACAAAUUCUCUCUGAAAUGAAUGUUAUCUGUUCUGUAAACCUUAACUGUUGUCAGUGUUGUAAUCUUGCACAAGCAUUCUUUUAAUUUGAGAAUAUAUAAAUUUAUUUCAAAACAUA